CCAGCUGAUGAGGCGGGAAGGUAUCGCCAAGCUCUUGUUAAGACACUUCAUGCAGCAACGAUCAAAUUUCCAGAUGUCGCUCCAUCCAUUGUUCCAGUUCUUAUGGAGUUCCUUUCUGAUGAGAAUGAAGUUGCUGCCCAGUACGUGCUGUUGUUUGUACGCGAAGCUGUACACAAACUUCCACAUUUGAAAGAGACUAUACUUCAUUCCUUGCAGGAAGGACUUCCAUCUAUUAGAAAGCCAAAAGUGUUUAUGGCCGCUCUUUGGAUUCUUGGGACAUACUGUGAGAAUGACGCAGCUGUGCUUUCUGUCCUUCGCCUUGUCAAAUCGUCCCUUGGUGAACUGCCGCUUGUUGAAAGUGAAAUGCGUAUGAUGGAAGGGGAAGAACCUGCGCAAGAAGAGAUGACUGAUAAGAAGACAACUACCAAGCAAUUAGUCACUGCAGAUGGCACUUAUGCGACACAGUCUGCUCUUUCAGUAUCCAGCAAGACUACUAACAAGGAGAAACCUCCGCUCAGCUUACUGAUUACUGCUGCAACACUUCAUGUUCCGUUUGUUGACUGUGCAGUCGCCGUUGAAGUUAUACAGGUCAACUAA